UGCCUUAUCAUAUAUUGUCGUGGGAUAUGUCCAUUUUUAAAAUGAAGACCAUAUUGUCAGUGUGUACAGUUUUCUUUUGCUUUGGAUUUGAACAUAUUGAAGCUGUAACAGAUGAGGAAUUUCAAGCUUUAUUUACCAGGCUUACUGCGCUGGAAGAAAAUCAAGUAGUUUCAGACAAGCGAAUACGUUCGCUUGAAAAAGACAUUGUGUCGUACGAGAAAAGAGUCGCUAAUCUAGAAACAUACAGGAAACUGUCUGACAGAAAAGUUUUUAUGCUGAAAAGGGAACAUGACUGCUCCAACAGAAGACUAAUUGCGCUUGAGGAAAAACUGUCUGACAAAACAUUUGCGGGGAAUGAAAAAGGCAAGAAACCGUUUGACAACAUAAUCGAAGCGUCUGGAAAGAGAAUUAUAUUGUCCGACAUAGUAUUACAAACGUUUGAAGAGAACAAUGCAUCACGCAAGGACAGCAGUGGUCAAGAUGAAGGGACAGUAGCUGCGAACGACAAGAACACUUGGUCACCUGUACAUCCUGUCAACAACAGAAGAUUUGCUGCACAAGGAAAUGUAGCCUUUUGCGCGAUGAAAACCAAUGGCCAGAAUCAUGUCGGCAUUGAUCAGAACGUAAUUUUUGAACAGGUUCUAACAAAUGAUGGAGGCGGGUACCACCCUAAAUACAGUGUUUUUAUAGCUCCUCUAUCCGGCGUUUAUGUCGUGUCAUCUGCUGCUUUGACUUUAGCGAAUGAAGAGUUUCAUACAGCUAUAGUUCACAACGGAAACAUUGUCGCACGCAUGCAUGGACAGGGGGAAAAUGGACGAUCCGACCAAAGCAGUCAAACGAUUGUGAUUAAGCUGACUGCAGGAGAUGAAGUAGCUGUUCAAACUAUCGAAGUUCCUAACACUGGCAUUGCCGGCGCUCUAUAUUCAUCAUUCAGUGGGUUUUUAUUGUGGCCGCAAUAAACACGGGCAAACUACAUAUAAUGACUGCUGUAGAAGACUAGAGGACAUGUUAUAUAGUUGUAGAUUGUUAUAAAUAAUUUAGACCUCAAUCUUUUAAAGUAAAGCUAUUUAAACAUAUACAAGAAAACUCUACUACAUCUUCGCCGUUGGGUGUGGUCUACUUGCACUAUAAUUAUAUUGUCUAACAUAAUUUCACGCUCCCGUUUUCUCUGUAUAACUAUGAACGCUCCAUGCGACAUUACUUUAACAGGAUCUCUGCAUUCGAGUUGUUUUCAUGUUUAACAUAACCACGAGCGCUUUUAUGCUAGAGUAAUUAGGUUGCAAAAGCAUUUUGAGUGUUGACACCAAAAACCAUAGCUCCACAUAGGACCUACCUGUAUUGCUAGGUUCACGCUAUAACGAGUAGCGCCAUGAUUAUUAUCUUAGCAUUGACCUAAAAACUAUUGUGAUGAUCGGAUCAAGUUUAAUUGGACAUUAAAGUUGGUCCUGUAACUCGUAUUACAUGUAAAAAUCAGUUAUACUAAUAAAACGAUCAAACUUUACCAAGUGUUAAGCAUGAGCAUCGUAUAAAAUCUAUAUAUAUUGUAUUGAAUCGCGAUGUCGAUGCUAUGUAAUACUACGUUUCAAUUCUUGUAUGAUCCGGUUAACACAAGAAAUAGCCACACGGAACUGAUCGUGAUCCUUCUAACAUAUUUUAUGCUUAGUUGCCACAUGAUGCGUGUGCAAACGUAAUGAUACGCUGCUUUGAUUUAUGUUUACGAGUUAGCAUUCACAAGUGUAAGGAUCUGACAAGGUUUUAUCUCCAGUUUUGUAGGAGUAAGGUCUCGAACAUCACGAUUCAGUAAGCCGUUCUUGACCGAGAUGAUGAGUUAUCCGACAUUUAUACAUAAUUAAUCUGCAGCGUUUAGAUGGUAAUCGAUUUUGAUUGUAAUAUCUUUAGCGAUGUGAUUUAUUAUAUUCACGCUUACAGCUGGACUGAACUUAAUUCAUAAACGUAAUGCCAUCAAAUAAUUUUUUUUGAGAUCUCAACCGAUCGUUGAGAAUAUGAGGUCCAGACUGUAAAUACAUCAUUAAUCAUGAAAGUUUAUUAUAAUUGACUAAUAGUUAACCAUGUGGUCAAGGUCAAUGCAACACUAUGGGUACAUAGCCAAACAUUUGCUUGGUUCAGCUUGUGUAAGGACGUCAAUACUUAUUGACAUGAGCAAUAGGCUUUAUAUAUUGUCGACAGGUAACUUGUUUGUUUGCUACCAUUUAACGGCUUGUUUUCACAUAAAUGUUAUGUGUGUAAAUGUUUGCAAAAAACAUACAUUCGUAGGUUUAAAAUAACUACUAUUCAAAAUAGUGUAAACAAUGAAAACGAAAUAUUUUGGGAAACUACGAGGAUUACUUAUAUUGCUAAAAAUACCUCCGCAUUUGACGUGAGCGUGGAUGGUCUAGUGGUAAAGUCAUUUUACUCCAAGCUUUCAUGACUCUAGAGGUCUGUGGUUCGAACCCUGUGGAGUUUAACGUUUUUUCUUCUUUAAAAAAAAUGUAUUUUUAUUUUUUACUGGAGAUUUUUAUUUCAAAUGUUUAAAUUUAUCAAUAUAAAGCAUUUAAUGCAGUAAAUGACAAGCUUUAAUACAUGCCAAAAUAUGUUGGACGGCCCCUUUAAUAAUUAAAAUCCAUAAUCAUCGAUUCACUCUAUUUAUCAUUGUGUAUGAUAAUAUAUGCCAUGGAAAACCUGUAUCUACACAUAUAUAAUUUCUAUGCGAUGAUUUUCAUUGAUUAUCUAUCACAUUUAACAAAUAGACAUUUGAACUUGAAUUGCUUUCGUUACAAAGUGUAUCUUUUACAGAAAAAGGUAAUGUACACGCUUCCUUAUUAUGAUCAGCAUCACAUGUAUCAUCUAAUAGCAGUUAAACUAUGACGUAAGUGCAUGCUUGUCUAUUAUUGAUUACCGUGUGCUUGUAUGACACUUAUUUGCAAGGAUGUGUUUAAAAUGUGCAUAUUUCGUAUUUUAUAUAUAAUAAUCAGUACA